CUCACGCUCAGUUGUAGAAUUGUCAACAGCAAUAGAGACAUAUCAUCGAGAUUUUAUUGUAAUCUUUAUUUAUUAUCUUUAUCAAUAAUUUUCGGAUAGAUAUGACAGAAAUAUUUUCAUCUCUCUAUGGCCAAAAUGAUACACAGGUUCCCCCUGGUUCCACGACACUCGGAUUUGGUCCAGGGAAGCCGCCACCACCGCCGUCGCAAAAUCAAGUCCCAAUGGCGGUACAGAUUCCACACCAGCUCGGUGAUGAGGGGCCUGCUUUACGGAAGCCGGCAGCCAUGAAUGAACCAUUCUAUUUACUGAGAGAAUUACCUGUGGGGAACGAGCUGACAGGCAACACCAACCUCAUCACGCACUACAGCCUGGAGCACGCCUACAACAAGUUCUGCAGCAAGAAGGUGAAGGAGAAGCUCAGCAGCUUCCUCCCAGAGCUGCCAGGUAUGAUUGACAGCCCAGGCUCCCAGGAUGGCAGUGCCCUGCGGUCCCUGAUAGAGAAGCCUCCUGUGUGUGGAAACUCCUUCAGCCCCCUGACCGGCGCCCUGCUGACCGGCUUCAGACUGCACACAGGACCGCUGCCAGAGCAGUACAGACUCAUGCAUAUCCAGCCUCCCAAGAAGAAGAGCAAACACAAACACAGACAUCACAGACCUCAGGACCCCAUUCCCCCAGAGACCCCUUCUGACUCUGACCACAAGAAGAAAAAGAAAAAGAAGGAUGAUGAUCCUGAUCGCAAGAAGAAGAAGAAAGACAAGAAAAAGAAGAAGAAUCGUCACAGCCCAGAUCACCCAGGACUGGCUGGAUCUCAACCCAACAGCAGUAACAACCUGAGAUAAAAACAAGGCCCAGAGGGAAAAGACUGCUCUGAUAUGGGUCUGCUGACAAAUGACAUACACCCAUGUUCACAAUGUGAUACAAAUGGCAUCCUUUGUUUUUAAUCUACUUCAAACUUCAAAAAGAAAAAGCAAAACCUCACAGAAGCUUUGAGCGGUUAAAUUACAUCAUUGGGUAGCUAGUUAAUGUUACUAAAUCACAAGAAUGCUGUAAUCUGGCAUUUUAAAGUUCUGUGUGUAGAUUAAAGAAGGAUUCUCCUUAAAUCCUCCUCCUCUAUAAGGGGGGGGGGGGGGGGGGG